AUCCGUAAUUGAAACUUUGGACUAUGAAACUUGUAAGGAUUUCUUCCUUGUCAUUGAAGCUAAAGAUGGGGGCAGCCCAGCAUUGAGUGCUGUGACAACAGUGAAUAUAAAUGUGACAGAUGUUAAUGAUAACGCACCAAGAUUUAGCCAAGAAGUCUAUAGUGCAGUCAUCAGUGAAGACUCAUCGGUUGGUGAUUCAUUAAUAAUGUUGAUAGCUGAAGAUGUGGACAGUCCUCCCAAUGCACUGAUUUCUUUCUCCAUUAUCAGUGGAGAUCAGAAUAAUGAAUUUUCAAUUGAUCCUGGCUUGGGGCUGAUUAAAGUUAAAAAGAGAUUGGACCGAGAACGGGUUUCAGGAUAUUCAUUAGUUGUGCAGGCCCAAGACAGUGGUAGCCCUCCUUUGUCAGCUUCAGUGACGGUCAACGUUGACAUUUCUGACGUGAACGAUAAUAGUCCUGUCUUUACACCUGCCAAUUAUACAGCUGUGAUACAAGAAAACAAACCAGUGGGAACCAGUAUUCUGCAACUGGUGGUCACUGAUAAAGAUUCUCUGCACAAUGGCCCCCCUUUCACCUUCUCUAUCCUGGCUGGAAAUGAAGAGAAAGAGUUCACGCUUGACCAGCGAGGCAUCUUGCGAUCUGCUGUCAUCUUCAAACGCUUGGUUGCCACUGAAUAUGUGCUCUGCGUUCAGGCAAAGGAUUCAGGGAAGCCUCAGCAGGUGUCCCAUACCUACAUUCAGAUCCGGGUGAUUGAAGAAAGCAUCCACAAGCCAACAGCCAUUCCCCUGGAGAUUUUUAUUGUUACUAUGGAAGAUGACUUUCCAGGAGGUGUUAUCGGAAAGAUCCAUGCAACCGACCAAGAUGUAUAUGACGUCCUUACCUAUGGCCUGAAGUCAGAACAGAAAAGUUUGUUCAAGGUUAACAACCAUGACGGAAAGAUCAUUGCCCUUGGAGGUUUGGACAGUGGGAAGUAUGUCCUGAAUGUAUCAGUCAGUGACGGGCGGUUCCAGGUACCCAUGGAUGUGACAGUCCACGUUGAGCAGUUAGCGCAAGAGAUGUUGCAGAAUACAGUCACCAUCCGUUUUGAGAAUGUCUCCCCAGAAGAUUUUGUGGGGCUACAUAUGCAUGGAUUCAGGCGCACUCUGCGCAACGCUGUCCUCACCCAAAAGCAAGAUAGCUUGCACAUCAUCAGUAUUCAGCCUGUGGCAGGUAGCAAUCAGCUUGACAUGCUGUUUGCGGUUCAGAUGCACUCCGGGGGCUUCUAUAAGCCAGCCUACUUGAUUCAGAAGCUCACCAAUGCAAGGCGACACUUGGAAAAUGUGAUUCGCAUCACCGCCAUCCUUGAGAAGAAUUGCUCUGGACUGGAUUGUCAGGAGCAGCAUUGUGAGCAAAAUCUGUCUAUUGAUUCCCAUUCCCUGAUGACCUACAGCACUGCACGGAUUAGUUUUGUGUGUCCUCGAUUCUACCGAAAUGUGCGUUGCUCUUGUAAUGGAGGAUUGUGUCCAGGUUCUAAUGAUCCUUGCACAGAAAAGCCUUGCCCAGGAGACAUGCAGUGUGUAGGCUACGAAAUCAACCAGAGACUGUUCAUCUGUCAGUGUCCACCUGGGAAGCUUGGAGAAUGUUCAGGACACACUUCCCUUAGCUUUGCUGGGAAUAGUUACAUCAAAUACCGGGUUUCUGAAAAUAGCAAGAACGAAGAAUUCAAAUUGGCUCUCCGUCUGCGGACUCUGCAAAGCAACGGAAUUAUAAUGUACACCAGAGCAAAUCCCUGUAUAGUUCUGAAGAUUGUGGAUGGUAAACUGUGGUUCCAGUUGGACUGUGGCACUGGCCCGGGCAUCCUGGGCAUUUCAGGCAGGACGGUUAAUGACGGGAGUUGGCAUUCUGUCUUCCUUGAGUUGAACCGGAAUUUCACCAGCCUCUCGCUUGACGACAGCUACGUGGAGAGGCGCAAAGCUCCCCUUUACUUCCAGACGCUGAGCACCGACAGCUCCGUUUAUUUUGGAGCCCAGGUGCAAGUGGACAAUGUCCGAAGCUUAACAGACAAGAGGUCCACCCAGGUCCUGAGCGGCUUUCAAGGCUGUUUGGAUUCCAUCAUCCUCAAUAACAACGAAUUGCCCCUCCAGAACAAACGCAGCAGCUUUGCGGAAGUGGUGGGACUAACAGAGCUGAAGCUGGGCUGUGUGCUGUAUCCUGAUGCCUGCGAGCGCAACCCUUGCCAGAAUGGAGGAACAUGUAUCGGUGUGCCCUCUGGUGGUUACCAGUGCAGUUGCCUUUCUCAGUUCACUGGACGGAACUGUGAAUCGGAGAUCACAGCCUGCUUUCCAAAUCCUUGCCACAACGGAGGAUCCUGUGACCCCAUAGGCAGUGCCUUCAUCUGCACCUGCAAGAGUGGAUUAACUGGAGUGACGUGUGAUGAAGAUAUCAACGAAUGUGAAAGAGAGGAAUGUGAAAAUGGGGGCUCUUGCGUCAAUGUAUUUGGCUCAUUUCUGUGUAACUGCACGCCCGGAUAUGUGGGCCAACACUGUGGGCUAAGACCAGUAGUUGUUCCUAAUAUCCAAGCUGGCCAUUCUUAUGUGGGCAAAGAAGAAUUGAUAGGCAUUGCUGUUGUUCUUUUCAUCAUCUUUUUGUUAAUAGUCCUCUUCAUAGUCUUCCGCAAGAAAGUUUUCCGGAAGAAUUACUCUCGGAACAACAUCACUUUAGUCCAAGACCCAGCUACUGCUGCUCUGCUUCACAAAAGCAAUGGCAUUCAGUUCAAGAACAUGAGGACCAGUGGGGACAGCCGUAAUAUCUAUCAAGAAGUAGGACCACCUCAGGUCCCAGUGAGGCCAAUGGCCUACACCCCUUGCUUCCAGAGUGAGUCUAGGAACAAUUUGGACAAGAUAGUUGAUGGACAUGGGGUGGAACAUCAAGAGAUGACAACCUUCCAUCCUGAAUCUCCCCGGAUCCUAACAGCAAGGCGGGGUGUUGUAGUGUGCAGUGUGGCUCCCAACUUACCAGCUGUAUCCCCAUGCCGUUCUGAUUGUGACUCCAUCAGGAAGACCUGGGAAAAUGGCACUGAAAGCAAAGGAAUUGAUGAUAUGGAAGAGGUGACCUGUUUGUCGGGAAGCAAUAAAGGCAGCAAUUCUGAAGUGCAGUCUCUCAGCUCUUACCAGUCAGAUUCGGGUGAUGAUAACGCUUCCAUUGUGACUGUCAUACAACUUGUCAACAAUGUAGUUGACACAAUAGAAAAUGAAGUCUCUGGUAUGGAUGAAGGACAGAACUACAACAGAGCUUAUCACUGGGACACUUCUGACUGGAUGCCAAGUGCACGUUUAUCGGACAUUGAGGAGGUGCCCCAUUACGAGACAGCAGAUGGCAGCUCAGCCCAUCAUGGGAGCACAAAGGAGCUUGAAACGGAUUACUACCUUGGUGGCUAUGAUAUCGACAGUGACUACCCUCCACCACAUGAGGAGGAGUUUUUAAACCAAGACCAAUUGCCCCCUCCCCUCCCAGAGGAUUACCCAGACCAAUAUGAAGCCCUUCCACCAUCCCAGCCAAUCUCCAUGGCCAGCACAUUGAGCCCAGAUUGUCGGAGGCGACCACAGUUUCACCCAAGCCAAUACCUCCCUCCUCAUCAGUUCCCCAAUGAGAUGGACAAUGGUGGGUCUCAGACUGGGAGUGAAUUUAGUACUUUUGGUGUUGGUCCAGGACCAAAUACAGAAAACAGUGUGGCCAAGAAACCCUUAUCUUUACACAAUUCUCUGGAUGCAUCCUCCUCCGAUAUUUCAGUGGGUUGUGGCUUUGAUGACUCCGAGAUUGCCAUGAGCGACUAUGAAAGCAUUGAGGAGUUCUCUCUGGAACACCAUCAGAUUCACAUUCCUUUUGUGGAGACCCAUCAGCAGACUCAAGUGUGAAGGAGCAUUUUUCAUGGACUUUGUUGCUGUUGUUUGGUCCCAUUCAUAGCAUAACUAACUGUUCUCUUUUGCUUAAAAAAAAAAAAGA